AUGGUGACUGAACCUCCUUUCGGGCCGGUCAUAGACACCGUGACGAUCGGCGAUGAUGAAGAAGCUAGAGAGUUUGAUUUGGUAGAUAAUGUCAACUCCCAUUUUCGGGCCCCAAUUUCUUUGCCCGGUACUGCGGGGCUGAGUACCAGGUCCCUACCGUCUUUGGUUGGCGAGCAUCCAACAAACAAAACUGCAUUUGAUGCAGCCGCUUCUCACUCUUUAACUCCAUCAGCUUCAUCUCUAUCUUCGCCAACACCAGCAACUGUUACAUCACUUCCAUCUUCAUCCAGUUUUUCACCAGCAAUUGCUACAUCAUCUCCUCCGGCCGUACCUAACCAUGAAGAAGAAAGACUAGGAAAAUAUUCAGGCAUCUCGGGAGAGUGUUUGUUGAACAACGCCAUGCACAACGCCACAGUGAGGUUGAUUCAUGAAAAGGAAGAGAUUACCUCUGCACGGGAUCAACUUUUGGCAGAGCAGGAGCAACAUGUCGCUCGCCUUUCGGAAUUGGAUGCCAAAGUUGCUGAGGCUGUUGUAUUGGAAGCUCGUUUGUGGCAAAGUGAGCAAGAAGUGGUAACCCUUAGCCAAGAAAUUGACCCACUAAGGGUUAGAUUUGACGAAACCAGGGCCAAAUGGGUUGAAGUCCAUAACGCCGUUCAUUCUGCAAUCGAACACGAGGCUUCCUUUGCUGAAAGAGUGAUCAAUUUAGAGGCAGCCUUGAACUCCAAAAUUGAAAAGCUUGCUGCUACGGGGGAAAAACAUGCCCUGCUGGAAGAGAAGUACAGGAAAACUAUCUAG